UAGACAUUCGGUCAUUGGAGCGGUGGAGGGGGCGCUCGAGCCACGUCGGUUAAACAAAUCAACGCUUGAAGGCAGAUUACAAAGAGGGUCUCUGCUGCUCAUCUAGGGGCAGAAGAUCCAGGUCAAUGUCAACGCCAGAUCCUCCCAUGGGGGGCACGCCUCGCCCCGGUCCUUCCCCUGGUCCAGGUCCAUCCCCUGGUACUAUGCUAGGACCCAGCCCUGGGCCCUCCCCAGGGUCCUCUCACAGCAUGAUGGGCCCCAGUCCUGGUCCCCCUUCAUCUGGACACUCCCAGCCUGGGCCCUCGGGCUAUGCCCCAGACAACAUGCAUCCUCUCCACAAACCCAUGGAGGGCAUGCACGAGAAGAGCUUGAGCGAGGACGGCCGCUUCAGUCAGAUGAAGGGACUGUCUAUGAGACAGGGCGGCCACAGUGGUAUGGGCCCCCCGCCCAGUCCUCUGGACCAACACUCACAAGGUUACCACUCACCAUUAGGUGGCUCUGACCACUCCAGUCCUGUUGCUUCAAAUGGUCCCCCUUCUGGACCUCUUAUGCCAUCAUCUUCAUCCUCCUCUUCCUCUGCUGGUCCGGCAUCAGCCCCUUUAGAUGGCCCUAGCUCAGAUCAACACAGCUUAGGUCCUAAUAACCGUUCUGGACCUCCAAGCAGUUCUGGACCAGGCCCCAGCCCCGGACCCAGCCUUGGUCCCAGUGUGCCCAACCUCAGUUCCGGUCUUGAAACUAGUGGCCCUACUGGUUCUGGAGGUCCUGGCGGCCUCAGUGGUCCAACUCCUUUCAACCAGAACCAGCUUCAUCAACUCAGAGCCCAGAUUAUGGCUUAUAAGAUGCUAGCUCGUGGACAAGCCCUGCCAGACCACCUCCAAAUGGCUGUCCAAGGAAAGAGGCCGAUGCCAGGGAUGCAGCAGCAGCAGUCCAUGCCUAGCCUGGUUCCUGGAGCUGGAGGAGGGUCAGGAGGUGGUCCAGCAGGACCAGGGCCAGUGCCUGGGCCGAUGGGCUCAGGGUACACCCGAACUCAUGGAAUGAUGGGCCCCAACAUGCCUCCUCCAGGUCCAUCAGGCACUCCAGUUGGAAUGCAAGGACCAAACCCUAAUGGACCACCCAAAUCCUGGCCUGAAGGACCUAUGGUGAAUGCAGCAGCCCCUUCCAAUGCACCUCAAAAACUCAUCCCUCCUCAACCCACUGGUAGACCCUCCCCUGCUCCCCCUUCAGUUCCCCCUGCUGCUUCCCCUGUAAUGCCUCCUCAGACCCAGUCCCCUGGUCAGCCGGUACAGCCUACUCCUAUGAUGCCUUACCACGCCAAGCAGAACCGGAUUACUCCCAUUCAGAAACCCUGUGGCCUCGACCCAGUGGAGAUACUGCAGGAGAGGGAGUACAGGUUACAAGCUCGUAUCACUCAUCGUAUUGCUGAACUAGAGAACCUACCAGGGUCUCUGGCUGGUGAUUUACGUACCAAAGCUACAAUAGAGCUCAAAGCCCUCCGGCUACUUAACUUUCAGAGACAGCUGCGUCAAGAGGUAGUGGUGUGCAUGCGACGCGACACAGCUCUAGAGACUGCCCUUGAUGCCAAGGCCUACAAGCGAAGCAAGCGUCAGUCUCUGAGAGAGGCCCGCAUCACUGAGAAACUAGAGAAGCAACAGAAGAUUGAGCAAGAGCGCAAACGCAGGCAAAAACAUCAGGAGUACCUCAACAGCAUCCUACAACAUGCCAAAGACUUCAAGGAGUAUCAUCGUUCCAUCACUGGCAAAAUUCAGAAACUGACCAAAGCAGUGGCCACCUACCACGCCAACACUGAGCGGGAGCAGAAGAAGGAGAAUGAGCGUAUUGAGAAAGAGAGGAUGAGGAGGCUUAUGGCUGAGGAUGAGGAGGGCUACCGUAAACUGAUUGACCAGAAGAAAGAUAAGCGCCUGGCCUACUUGCUUCAGCAAACUGACGAGUAUGUGGCCAACCUAACAGAGCUGGUCAGAGCCCACAAAGCUGCGCAGGCCCUCAAGGAGAAGAAAAAGAAAAAGAAGAAAAAAAAGAAGAUGGAGAAUGCAGAGGGUCAGACUCCUGCCUUGGGGCCUGAUGGAGAGCCUCUGGAUGAGACUAGUCAGAUGAGUGAUCUGCCUGUGAAGGUCAUCCAUGUGGACAGUGGGAAUAUCCUUACAGGUGUGGAUGCUCCUAAAGCUGGACAACUGGAGACCUGGCUGGAGAUGAACCCUGGUUAUGAGGUGGCGCCACGCUCCGACAGUGAAGACAGUGAAGAGGAAGAAGAGGAAGAGGUGGGUCAUAUUGAGGAAGAAGAGGAGCCUCAGUCUUCAACAGCUCCAGCAGAGGAAAAGAAGAAGAUUACAGACCCAGACAGUGAAGAUGUGUCAGAAGUGGACGUCCGACACAUCAUAGAGAAUGCUAAACAGGAUGUGGAUGACGAGUAUAGUGGUGCAGCAUUCGCUCGAGGACUCCAGUCGUAUUACGCUGUGGCUCAUGCUGUCACAGAGAAGGUGGACAAACAGUCUAGUUUACUGAUAAACGGACAGCUCAAACAGUAUCAGAUUAAAGGUCUAGAGUGGCUGGUUUCACUGUACAACAACAAUCUAAACGGGAUCCUUGCUGAUGAAAUGGGUUUGGGAAAAACCAUACAGACUAUCGCCCUAAUCACAUACCUCAUGGAGCACAAACGGCUUAAUGGACCCUACCUCAUCAUUGUGCCCCUCUCAACUCUGUCUAACUGGGUAUAUGAGUUUGACAAGUGGGCACCGUCAGUUGUCAAAGUGUCCUACAAGGGGUCUCCUGCUGCCAGAAGAGCCUUUGUUCCCCAACUGCGUAGUGGCAAGUUUAACGUUUUACUCACCACUUAUGAGUACAUCAUCAAAGACAAACAAGUACUGGCCAAGAUCCGCUGGAAGUACAUGAUUGUGGACGAAGGCCACCGUAUGAAGAACCACCACUGUAAACUCACCCAGGUUCUGAACACCCACUACCUCGCUCCAAGGCGAGUGUUACUGACUGGAACUCCACUCCAGAACAAACUACCUGAGCUGUGGGCGCUUCUCAACUUCCUUUUGCCCACCAUUUUCAAGAGCUGCAGCACCUUUGAGCAAUGGUUUAACGCUCCUUUUGCUAUGACUGGAGAGAAGGUGGACCUCAAUGAAGAGGAAACCAUCUUGAUUAUUCGUCGUCUGCAUAAAGUGCUGCGACCCUUCCUCUUACGAAGAUUAAAGAAGGAAGUGGAGGCCCAGCUUCCGGAGAAGGUGGAAUAUGUCAUCAAGUGUGACAUGUCGUCUCUUCAGAGGGUCCUGUACAGGCACAUGCAGGCCAAGGGGGUCCUGCUCACUGACGGAUCAGAGAAAGACAAGAAGGGUAAAGGAGGCACAAAGACACUGAUGAACACCAUCAUGCAGCUGAGGAAGAUCUGUAACCAUCCAUAUAUGUUCCAGCAGAUUGAGGAAUCAUUCUCUGAACAUUUAGGAUUCUCUGGUGGGAUAGUCCAGGGUCCUGACCUAUAUCGGGCAUCGGGAAAGUUUGAAGUGUUGGAUCGAAUCCUCCCAAAGCUGAGAGCUACAAACCACAAAGUGCUGCUUUUUUGCCAGAUGACCUCACUCAUGACCAUCAUGGAGGAUUAUUUUGCCUACCGUAGCUUCAAGUAUCUGCGUCUGGAUGGCACCACAAAGGCUGAAGACAGAGGAAUGUUGCUGAAGACCUUCAAUGAUCCAGGGUCAGAGUAUUUCAUCUUUCUACUGAGUACAAGAGCUGGAGGCCUCGGCCUCAACCUGCAGUCUGCUGACACUGUGGUUAUUUUUGACUCUGACUGGAAUCCACAUCAGGACCUGCAGGCUCAGGACCGAGCCCACCGCAUUGGUCAGCAGAAUGAGGUGCGUGUGCUGCGUCUCUGCACCGUCAACAGUGUGGAAGAAAAAAUCCUGGCAGCAGCCAAAUACAAACUGAACGUGGACCAGAAGGUCAUCCAGGCAGGCAUGUUUGACCAGAAAUCUUCCAGCCAUGAGCGCAGGGCCUUCCUACAGGCCAUACUGGAACACGAGGAGCAAGAUGAGGUCUGGGGUCAAGAAGUGUGUCUACGCAUGAACGAGGAAGAUGAGGUGCCAGAUGACGAGACGGUGAACCAGAUGAUUGCCAGGAGUGAGGAAGAGUUUGACCAGUUUAUGCGUAUGGAUCUGGACCGGCGUCGCGAGGAGGCCCGUAACCCCCGCCGAAAACCUCGUCUGAUGGAGGAAGACGAGCUUCCCACGUGGAUCAUGAAGGACGACGCUGAGGUUGAGCGGCUUACCUGCGAGGAAGAGGAGGAGAAAAUGUUUGGGCGAGGCUCUCGGCAGCGAAAGGAGGUGGACUACAGCGACUCGCUGACUGAGAAGCAGUGGCUCAAGGCAAUUGAGGAGGGGACCCUUGAGGAGGUGGAGGAAGAAGUGCGGCACAAAAAGACGACUCGUAAAAGGAAACGAGACCGCGACCUGGAUCUUCCUGGUCCGUCCUCUUCCUGUGGGAGCCGUGGGCGAGGAGACAAAGAUGAUGAUGGAAAGCGGCAGAGGAAGAGGGGAAGGCCACCAGUUGAGAAACUCUCCCCCAAUCCUCCUGUCCUCACUAAAAAGAUGAAGAAAAUUGUGGAUGCCGUCAUCAAGUACAAAGACAGCUCUAGCGGGCGCCAGCUGAGCGAGGUGUUCAUUCAGCUGCCAUCUCGAAAAGAGCUGCCAGAGUACUACGAACUUAUCCGCAAACCGGUGGACUUUAGGAAGAUCAAGGAAAGGAUUCGAAGUCAUCGCUACCGCAGUCUGGGCGACCUGGAAAGAGACGUCAUGCUGCUCUUCCAGAACGCUCAGACCUUCAACCUGGAGGGUUCACUGAUAUAUGAAGACUCCAUCGUACUCCAGUCUGUGUUUACCAGCUUGAGACAGAAGAUCGAGAAGGAGGAGGAAAGCGAGGGAGAGGACAGUGAAGAAGACGAGGAAGAGCAGGAAGAAGGAUCUGAGUCUGAAUCGCGCUCGGUGAAAGUGAAAAUCCGUCUGGGGAGGAAGGAUAAAGGUGGAGAUCGGGGGAAGGGACGCAGCAGGCGAACUGGACGCACCAGAGCCAAACCUGUGGUCAGUGAUGAUGACUCUGAGGAAGAGCAGGAAGAGGAGCGCUCCCCCAGCUGCACUGAUGAGGAGUCUUGAGUCCUGUUUAUAAGGAAAAUGAGGCAUAAAAAAGGGAUAUUUCACCAAAACGAGCACCAUAUUUACAGUAAUAAAAAAAUCAAUCAACUCCAUCCACCCUCAGUUAAAUAUUGUUGGGAAGAAGGGAGUUUUUAGUACUGUGUGUACAGGUGUUGAGCUGUAAGUAUUAGUAUUUGAUUGUAAGUCUUUAAACCACUCAUAUUUAAAUUAAGCAGAGCUGAACCCGGGGGUACAGCAAUAGAUUUCACAACUGUUGCUGCUCAGAGGUAAAACAGACACAGAAUGCUGUCCAAGUACCCAGCUAAUCUUAGUUGUUUACAUCCACUAAGUCACAUUUUAUAAGACCAGAAACAUUAUUAUUUGAGUAUACAGUGACACGUAAAAUUUUGUACAAUAUCAUGAAAUGCAACCUUGUCUACUUACAUUCAUACUCACAUUCAUAACGGGAGCCACUCAGAAAACAAUAAUACUCCAAAAGAAACAUUAAUAUAAAUCUUUUGUGAUAACUAAGAGCAAAUUUGCUGCCCACUGAAUGAGUGAUGGCCGAGAAAAGGGUCUACUACUGCUGAAACAUGUUAUUUGUGCCGAUUCAAACGGGGAAAAAAGAAAAAUACAUUUUGGUAAUGUUGAUUUAACAUACCCUUUUAUAAUAUUUUAAUCCUAUUUAAGUAAUUAACUUAAAAACAUAAAUAUAAUAUGUUACUUUUUUUAUUUAUAUCUUUGGUAGAUAUUUAGUUGUAUGAGCCAUGUGUAGAUCCAGGUAUAAUAAUGCAGUACUGAAGCAAAUACUACAGCAUCACGUAACUUUAAAAGUCUACAUAUUUAACAUUUAUAAGCUACAUUCAGACAUAGGAGAAAUAAUUUCAAAAGCAAUGUAAUGCAGUUGCGCAAAUACAUUAUAAGACACUUCUCAGUGUUUAUUAAUGUAAGGUUUUGUCAGUAAUUAGAAGUUAUGAUGCAAUAUUUAAAUGUAUUGUCAUUUAUUUGUGUUUGUUUAUACACCAACUCUGUUAGCACACACCUUUGCCAAAAGGAGGAUUUGCAUAUGGUGAGAAAUACAUAGAUUAACACUGCUGCGUUAUGGUGUUUAGAGAUGUUUAUUAGUUGUUUGUGGAGCUUAUAAAUGUUAAAUAGGAAGUUUGAAGUAAAAUAUUGCCAUUGAAAUAAAUGCAAUCUUUAACAACAAGUUAGCUGAGUUAAACUGUAAAAGUGUUUCAUUUCUUGCUGUUUUUCUCAUUUACUGGGAAAAACUUAUUGAAAAUUCAUCCUGAAUUAACAUAAGGAGUAAAAACUGAUAUGAAUCAGUUGAGUAAAGUCAACAACAUUGGAUGUAAACAGAAUGUUUGCAGACAGAGCUGUUUUUACCCUGAAUGAAGCCAUCACCUUACCUACACCUGGCUAUUAACAAGCUUGUAACUGCAUGAUUGAUUUUAAGACCUGUGUUAUGACAGUAGUCGGCCACUACGGUUGCUGAGGUAUGUGCACAUAAAUAAUUUGUGAGUGGGUCUCGCUGUUGGAAAUCCACUCUCCUGUGGGUGCAGGGUGUUUCCAGACUUAUCCAAAGCUGCUUAGCCAAUCACCACAGUUAUUUCACCGAGGUUUUAGGGGCUGGACAGCUGAGACUUCCCCAGUACUGUGUAUGAGGUACAGCUUAAAAACAACCCACUUCACCCUGCUGCUGCUUACCAGUUACACUUCCAGUUCAGAGCACUUGUCACUAAGCUUGAAACUUUAUAAGGUUACAACUCAUCAAUGAACACUGUAGCUUUAAUUGCUUCUCCUUUAGUUGUUGUGUGGUGAUUUUUAGGAUUUCAGAGCAGUUUCUUUUAUAUUCUGCACUUUUUUUAUGUUUUCGCUUUCAAGACAAAGGACCAGAGGGACAGCGGCUCCUCUCUGCUUGUGACAGUCUCAUGGCUGUAUGGUGUUGGAUAUACUGUGAAGAGUAUUUAUAGAAUAUAAUGUCAAUGCACGUUAUGUACAGCUUGCAAGUUCUGUACUGUAUUCAUUUUCUCAUUACCGUAGGCAACUAGAGUGAACCAAAGCGUCAAUGUUUUUCUUCAAUGAAUAAUCUAAAUUUGUCUUUGUUGUGUUGUGUCAUUGUCGCUUGAACUCAGAAUGAAACAAUAAAUUGUUAACAGAG